GUUGGAUGUACGGAUGGUGUCCCCAAGGCUUCUGAUGUACGUACUCUUCUGCGGGAUAUUUGCCUCCCUCUUCUUAAGCAAGAUUGCGACGUUGAUCGAAACCAGCCCGGAGGUGUCCGGAUCAUUGCCGGACAGAAUAUCACCGUUGUCAAGCCUGACAGUACAAGAGCGCUUAGCGGGAUGGGAUAAGCCGGAUCUUGAAGAUGCAUUAGACAACACAGAAGAUGAUUUGAUGUGGUUCAUGCAGAUAUCUGAUCUUCACAUCAGUAUCUUCCAAGAUCCAAAGAGAAUCGAACAGCUCAGGCUAUUUGUAAAUGAGUCCGUUCCAGUCAUAGAACCAGAACUGGUUUUAGCUUCAGGAGACUUGACAGAUGCCAAAAACAGUAACAGCAUUGGGUCAGCACAAUACGAAGAGGAAUGGAAGAUUUAUAAAGACAUCCUUGUUGGUGGAAACGUCUUCAACAACUCAUUCUGGUUGGACCUCCGCGGAAACCAUGACCUGUUCGACGUGCCGAGCGUGGACAGUCGACGCAACUGGUUCCGCGAGUACGGCGUGCAGGGCUCCGCCCACCCGCGUUCCUACCUGUAUACGGCGCGCCGCGGCCGGCGCCGGUACGCGUUCGUGGCGAUGGACGCCACGCUCGACCCCGGACCGCGGCGGCCCUUCAACUUCUUCGGCGUGGUGCGGCCGAGCGAGCUGGCGGCGCUGCGCGAGUACGCUCGCGUGGCGCGGCAGGCCGACCACGCCAUCUGGUUCGGCCACUACCCGACCUCGGUGCUGGUGCCCUCGGCGGAGGUGCGUCAGCUGAUGACGGGCGCUCUGGCCUACCUCUGUGGGCACCUGCACACGAUGGCCGGCCUGGUGCCGCAUAUGUACACCCGGCAGCGCGUCGGCACGCUGGAGCUCGAGCUCGGCGACUGGAAGGAUAACAGGAGGUACCGCCUGCUGGCCAUAGACCGCGGCCUGCUGUCGUUCACGGACGUGGACAGCGGUGACCAGUGGCCGCUCGUGCUGGUGACCAGUCCCAAGCGCGCCCAGCUGACCAUGGCCCGCAACGAGCCGCUCUGGACGAUGCGCGAGUCUCCGCACAUUCGUGUGCUGGCCUUCUCCGUACACGCGGUGUCGUCGGUGCGUGUUCAGCCAAGUGACGGGGACGCCUGGGUGCCGUGCACAAGGGCCAAAGGUCCUCUGUUUACCUGUGACUGGCAGCCGGCGAAGUACGCUCACGGCCUGCACACAAUGCAGGUGCUGGUGGAGGACUCUGGCGGGCUCAGUCGCCGGAUUUCCCACACGUUCUCACUGGACGGCAGCGAGGUCAAGUUCCCUUUGGUGGCCCGGCUGAUUCUGAUGCUAGACGGCUCGGCGACGAGUCAGCUGCUGUUCGCGGCGGCGCUGCUGGUAUGCGCGCUGCCGCCAGGUGCGCUCCGUCUGCUGCACGCGCAGGUGACAGCCGGGCGCCGCCAGCUGCCGCGGCUGGGCUGGCGGCCGCUGCGCCGCUGGCUCCGGCGGCUCACUCUGUUCGCCAGCGUGGACCGUCUCUACUGGCCGCACGUGGGCAUGCUGCUCUACCUGCCCGUCGGUCCGUGGCUGGCCGGCGAGCUCAUCACCGGCCAGAUGGGCGUAGUGUUCGCUUGGGGCUCGCUGGUGGGCGGCGCCUUCCUGCCUGGCCUGCUGCAGUACGUGUACGGCAUGGUGCAGCUGCUGCUGUUCCACCUGCCGCUGAUGCUGGCUACCGGCUGCCUGCUGGACUGCAGGCUGGACAGCUUCUGGCGGCCGGAGCGGCUCUCGCGGCGGCGUCUGUGGACCGCGCACGCCGCUCUCCUUAUCAUCUGCCUCAUUCAGCUGGCAAACGUGUACCUCUUUUAUCUGUCCUACGACCUGAUGGCCACGCUGCUUGGCCCGUUCCGCACGUGGGCUCUGCUGGUCGGCCUGCAGAUGUGGUAUAGCGCCGCCACCCUGCCCAAGGCAUCUCUCAGGCGUGCCGCUGCCAUCUGGCUCACGGAGCCUGUGGAGCGAACAGCUACUGACUGAUGGAUGGCACUGAAAGCAUAUCAACUCCAAGCCGUGUCUGCGUGACGCACACAUCGUACUAUUAUUAUCCUGUGAUUUGUGGCCAGACGGCUGAGGAGAACUUACCGGCAGAUGAGUAAUCACCGCCGAUUGUGGACCGAUGACGGAUAGUGUCGCACGCCGCAGGGUCUGACAGCUGUCAGCUGCCGGUUGUGGGUAGAAAUGUUUUGGGCGGUUGGACACCAUUUCUUCGGUGGACUCAUUGUGCUGUGUGGCUUAGGUCCAUUUCAUUGCGGUGACCACGGGUCUGAGGAUAAAAUCGUAUGACAUAAUUUAUUGGUUAUGUAUUUAGAGCACUUGUAUGCGUGCU